AUGGCAAAGAAUUCACCGCGCAGACUAAGACAUCCACGGUCUCAAGGGCUUGUUGAGCGUGGAAACGCAACUCUAUGUGAUAUACUGGGAAAGUUUUUGCAUGAUCGAGGGACCGAUCACUGGAUCCAAUGUUUAGGUGCUGUUAUGUAUUCAAUGAACACAAGUUUAGCACGGGGUGUUGACACAGUUCCUUUUGAAAUUGUGUUCGGUCAGAAACCAAGAGUUGAUUUAGCCUUCAUCUGCUACAAUUCACAUUUAAGUACAUCUAAUAAAACCGAUGAUCUUAUUAAACAGCCACAUUUUGAUGAAUCUAGUCGAGCAAAUCUUGGUUCUCAAAAUUCACAACAUAUGUCCAUCAGAGAUAGAGCUGCUGAGGUAUAUUUAGCCAAUGCUAACAAACGAAUAACAGCUCAUAAUCGGUGCGUUCAACACUUAUCGGAAAAUUGUGCUGUUGGUGAUUUUAUUGGAGUCAAGAUAGAUAAAGUUGACAGAACCAGUACCGAUCCAAAACCCUUACCGUGUGUUAUUAUUCAUAAAAAGCAUCAUGCCGUUAAAGUUGCAUGUGUAAAUGGAAUAAUCGAUCAAUGGUGGCCUUUAGAAUCAUUAGUUCGUUUAACUGCGGUGCCUCAAG